CACGUGGAAAACGUGGCUCGAGACGCGCCUUGCUUGGGACAGACCAUCAACAACGUCACUGCGGCCAGCAGCAAAAUAAUCAACAUCUUGCCUUCCUUGCGACGAGACCACGGCGUCAACCACUAGCCCACUCGCGACUCGACGAGCAGCCUAAGCGACCCACAGCUACGCAACUGCACAACCUAGGAGCUAGCUAGGUCGAAGGACGUCUCUUUCUGCAUCGCCGCGCUCCGCUCGAUCGAUCACGACAACGACAACAACAACAACAACCACCACCACCGGCAACCAUGUCGGCGCUUGACGGAUUCCGCGAUCCCUCGAUGCUCGUCGAGGCCGAGAGGAAUGCCGACCUCCACCUUGCCCCGAUGACUUGCGUCAUGAGGCCUGGUGGAGUGGGGAAUGAGUGGAAGGCUUUCUCGGCGAACGAGAAGCAGCUCUUCUUGCUCGUGCACCGCUGCAGCCGCCGCCGACCAAUGCGGUCGAUGCUGCCAACUGCGCUGCAGCUGGUCCAGGUCAUCCUCUACGAUGGACGAGUCAUUGUCGGAAGGCUGAAGGGCAACGACAACUUCUGCAACUUGAUUCUGUCCGACAGUGUUGAGCGCGAGUACUCGAGCGAUAAGGGUGUCGAGAUGAUCCCACUGGGUCUAUACAUGAUCAAGGGCGACAAUGUGUGA